AUGUCACAGCCAGUCCUGUUCGCUCCUUUCUCCUCCACCGUCGAUGCCGCAUUCUGGCACGCUCUGUCGAAUCAGAAGAUCGAUCUUGAUGGUCUUGAUGAUUCGGCACGGGAAGUUGUGGGACAGUACAAGCAGGGCAUGAGUGGAGGCAGCUGUUGGUUAGAGCUUGGUCCAAACGCGUUGAGAACCGAUGAAGAGACAUCAGGAGGCUAUUGUCGAGCGAAAGGGACCAUCAAGAACUGCAAUACUAUUGAGGACUUUAAGCGGUUAGAUAAGAACGCUUUCUUGACUUCUUCGGCGGAAUCGCUAUGGUCAGCGAUCAAUUCUUCAGAACCCCUUACGGACCCUUCGAUACUAGCCAUCUUUUCAUUACUCUGCUACGCGGACCUGAAGAAGUAUAUAUUCACGUACUGGUUUUGCUUCCCGGUACUACACACGGAGCCGACAUGGGUCAGAAAAGAGAAAGUGGACACCUUCAGUGCGGACGAAGCGAGUUUUCUCAGAGAGGUCGUAGAAACCUGGAUGGAUGGCGUCGAGCCUUGCCAAAAAGGGUUUUGGCUGAUGAAGAUGGCGGAUUAUGGGGGUGCACCUCGCUGGGAAAUCGGGAAAUUGGAGGAGUGGGAGACGUUCUUCAAAGUUACACCCGAGGGUGCGAGGAUCGUUGCGUUCGUCGAUCCGUCGACACAACCACUUACGCCUGCCUGGCCAGCCCGGAACCUCCUGAUGGCGGUAUUAGCGAAGUACAACGUGACGAGGAUCAAACUCCUAUCCUAUCGCGAACAGCCAGGGUCGUCCUCAGGACAAUCGCCAACCUUCGUCCUCGACGUCUCGACGACGGCGACUCGACCUCCUGCCCUUCCAAAACAUUCUGGGUGGGAGCGCGAUACACAGAACAAACUCCGUCCUCGCCGCGUCGAUCUAGGACCUAUGAUGGAUCCGCAUGCUCUUGCGUCUACCGCGGUUGACUUGAACUUAAAGCUUAUGCGUUGGAGGAUUGCGCCCUCGUUGGAUUUACCUACGAUCUCAGCUACGCGCUGCCUGUUGCUCGGUGCUGGGACGCUUGGGUGUGGUGUUGCGAGGACGUUGUUGGGGUGGGGUGUGCGGAAGGUGACGUUUGUGGAUAGUGGGCGGGUGAGUUGGAGUAAUCCCGUCAGGCAAAGUUUAUUCGGGUUUGAGGAUUGCAAGGGAGGAGGGAGACCUAAGGCUCAGCGAGCCGCUGAGGCGCUGAAGGAGAUUUACCCAGGUGUUGAGGCAACAGGGUUGUCGCUCGGUGUUCCUAUGCCCGGCCACCCACCCACGGACGUCGAAAAGACCCGAGCGGACUGGGAAACCCUACAACGAAUCUUCUCCGAACAUGACGCGAUCUUCCUCCUCAUGGACUCGCGCGAGUCUCGUUGGCUCCCGACACUCAUGGGCGCAGCGAUGAACAAAAUCGUCAUCAACGCUGCACUUGGCUUUGAUUCGUAUGUGGUCAUGAGACAUGGCGAAGGCGUACCGGCCCAGAUUGAUACGAGUGUGGUGGAGGAUAGUGUUGCGGAGGAGGUGGAGGCGAGCGCGACGGUGCCGGAGGGGGAGAGGUUGGGGUGUUAUUUCUGUAAUGAUGUGGUUGCGCCUGUUGAUAGUUUGUCGGAUCGUACGCUUGAUCAGAUGUGUACUGUCACUCGACCUGGAUUGGCGAGUAUUGCCAGUGCUUUGGCGGUCGAGUUGCUCGUGUCCAUUACGCAACAUCCUCAAAGGACCUCAGCCCCUGCACCGCCUACCGCCUCGAGCAUGGCCACUCGAGGAUCAUCCGUUCCGUCAUCCACCGAAGAUGAUCUCCACCCACUCGGCCUGAUCCCCCACCAAAUCCGCGGGUUCCUCAAUAAUUGGACGCAGCUACUCAUACAUGGAUCAGCAUAUGAUUGCUGCUCUGCGUGUUCACCGAAGAUCGUGAACAUGUACCGCGACAUGGGAUGGGAAUUUGUGGAGAACGCUUUGAGGGAGCCGGGGUGGGUUGAGGAAGUGAGCGGGUUGAAGGAGGUGCAGAGGAAGGCUAUGCAGGCUCUGGAGACCUUGGAGUGGAGCGAGGAGGAAGAUGAAGGCGAGUAUGAAGAGGGAGAUGGGGAGUUGGUUUAA